UCUAAACAAUCGGGCUACGUUUAAUAGAUCAAAAACUGUCCAUGUAGAUUCUACCAUCAUUAGUUAAUCACGAAUCACUGAUGUUACACAUAUAAUGUUAAACAUGUUUAAAAGCUAGACACCUUUCUCUAGUGUUUCUUUAGGCUGCAAGUUAGUUAGCAAGUGUAACUUCAUACAAACUGUGCGUUACGCUCACCAACAGUAGACGGAUGCGCAAACCCGGCUAGCUAGCUAACAGAGUAACAACUCCGCGAUUGAGCAGUUCGUGGGUUUUGCUCUACUAACAACCAGACCAAGAGCACUGCAAGAAAUUGUCUGUCACUAUAUCACGUACCAAAUGUAACAACUUUACGUCACUGGUGUUAACGAACAUUACAUAAUUAACGUUAGCUUGACUAGCUAGCGGGCAGAACUUAGCUAACGCUAGCACAGUUACAGGCUGACAGGCCACAGUGAAACCAAUCUCUCCUGAUUUUGGUUUUGUUAGCUAGUUACUGGUUGUACACUUUAAAUAAGGACUCUUAAAAUCAGAGCAUUCUAGCUCAAAUAUACAAUUACAGUUAUCCUGUAUGAGUGUGUAGCUAGGUUAGACAGGUUGUGUACUGCUUCAUUACAGUUAAUUCCUCGUUUUAAAAAAAUAAUAAAAACGUAGACUGAAAAACAGGCGUUAAUCAGCUAGGUUAGCUAGCUACCAAGCUCGAUCAACGUGGUUUGCUGGCUCGCUAACGUGUCACAUUCCAGCACAGAUUAACCACAUUAACUACCAAAGACUACCAGACGCCGGUCAGCCUGCUACACGUCCUCCAUUAGCCUUAGCUAGCUGACCACCAGCUGGCCAGGUUGAGGCCCUAAACAGCACAGUCAAACAGAUCCAGCAGUGUGGAGUUCACUGUUCUAAGGGGCAACACUGUAAAUCCAGGCAUCACUUGUCACUGUCUCACUGCAAGAAACAGCAAGACCUGAACAAUGGCACUACCAUUCAUGAUGUCAAGCUGUCCGUUGUUAUGAGAUGUGAAGAAGACAAAUGUUCACUCAACCUCAACAUUGUCAUAAUGAUGACACUUUAUGAUGAUGUGCAUGGAGUUGUAAUGUGUGUGCACUCUGCUGGGAUGGUGGAACGCUGCCAGAUUGUAACCUUUUCUCACAAGGCCAGAAAACAUGUCGCUGAGAAAAAGGUUGAGGUUCAGUAUGACUGUUUUUCAGUCAGGCCCGAACAAGAUGUGUUUGUAACUCUGAAAACUGCCCCAAAUUUCUGCAAUAAUGUUUGGACAAAAAAGUACUCCAUUCCAAACUGUGCCCAUGAAGCCAUCAGGCGAAAAGUUACAGAGUGCAUCACUGGAGAGCUGACGUACACAGUGGACACUGCCAGAAGAGAAAUUACAGUGAUGGUGUUGGAGGCCCCUAAGGACAUAGACUACAACCUUAGACUCUGUCUCAAAGGCCAUACUUGCAUAGGAACAGGACCACAUAGACUGAUCAAAAGACAAGAUCUGAACAGAAAUGAGUCAUUUCUGUACUCCAAGGCUCUUCCUUGUUUGUGCAUUGAGGGCUGGCCUGCAUCUACAAAUGCACGCAGAACUCAAAUUUGUCCAUUUAAAAAUAACAUGCAGGAGUUGUGGUCAGGGGUGACCUAUGACCAAUACACACAGGCUCUGUCCUGGAAACCCAUGUGUCCUGUCAAGGCAGUCGUCUCGCUGUGUCAUGCUGUUGGACCAAAGAUGUGCCUUGACAUUGGAAACAUGUCUCUAUCUUCUGAAAGUAACAACGUGAUAUUCUCAACACUGGAUCCACAUCCACAGCUUUGCAUGAAGUUCACCACUGAGGCAGACUUUUGGAUAGAGUGCCCCUUCAGUUCUGAACGUUUCCCAGUGUGGGACCUGAAAGUGGUUUCUAAAGCUCAGCAGCACUCGGUUGAGAUAACGUCAUGGUUUCCAGUCAGGUUUUCAGUGGGUCUAUGCAAGUUAUCCAGCUCCACUACUUGCAAACCAGCUGAAGAAAGUCAAUUUUUAAUUGCAUCUGUGGACAGAACGAAGCCUGCAGUUUUCAACUUGUCGACGAGUAUGUGCAACUCAAGUAUUUGUGUUCAGGUGAGGAGAAUAGAUGUAGUGUUGGCUAUAGAGGAACAGCGAUGCAACCUCCAGUGCUCUGACCAACAGUUUGAUCAGUGGAGUGACAGUGAGACUCUUCAGAAAUACACACCGCCACUCAUUGUCUGUGUGAUAGCAUUGGUAAUGGCUGCUUUGGUUGGGAAUUUGACAUUGAAAGCCUGUGUAUGCGUACAAAGAAAACAGAAACCGGACAAGAUCCCUACACAUAGGGCAACAGCAGAAACAGAGACCCUGAUCCACACAGUGAGUGAGGACAUGGAUACACGGCUGCAUGUGGCUUAAGGCUAUGGGUGAUCAUUGUUUGGCCGCAACAUGAGACUGUAAGUGGAGCCAACAACAAAAGACGUUUUGGCACCUUAAUCACUUUGGUGUGAAUUCCGCAGGUCAUAUGCUUUUGACAAAGUUAUGUUUUAAAAUGUGCAUUACAUACAAAUACAAAUGUGUUUUAAAAUAUGAAUACAUAUUCUGUACAUGGUUUUAUAUGGUAUGUCUGUAUCAGCUUUUUUUGUUAUUUUUGGGCAUUGGGUGUAAAAGCUGAUUCUCUAUCUCUCUCUUUCUUGUUAAUUCGCUAUUUUUAGUAAUAUAUUACAGUUGUUAAUUAAUGUCAAGUAAAAUGUUCUUUGUCAUUCCUCAGUAUGUAACUUGUGUACAUUGGAAUGAAAUGUUGUUGUUCAUGCCCCAUAGUAAAACACAUAACAGCAGCACAUUACAUAGAACUACAUAAAGUGCAGAUACACAAUAAUGUGAAACAAGAUCAGAAUAUUCAACAAAUACUCCAGACAAGAAAUACACAUGAUGAUAAUUAGGCAGGACAGCAAAACUAUAUUUACAGUACUGUGUGAAGGUUUUAAUCAUCUAAGCAAAUUUUAAACAAUUUUCCUCUGCAGUGAGCUUAUCACAAUAUACAUUAGAAUAAAGUCACAUUCAUUCAAAUGAAAUUCAAAUAAACAUAAAAACAAUAAAAAGUAACAAGAAUUUCUUGGGUCCCAUAUUUUUCCUUGACACCUUCAUGGCCAAAAUUGUGGUCAAAUUGCGCCAUCCAACCAAAUAGUAAAAAGAAAAAGUAAAGAAGUGAAAAACUCUCCCACUGUGCACACCUGGUAGAAACUCAGAAUUAAAGAUGUUAUUACAGCAAAAGGUGGUUCUACCAAGUACUAAUCUGAAGGCACUGAAUACUUAUGCAUGUUUUUUAUUUUGUUUUAUUUAAAGAUCUGCUAACAAAUAAUGAAUUUUGAUUUGAAAUUUUACUUUAAGAGAACAUUGGCUUUGAAUAAAAAUACUCUGGAACAA